AUGGUCGAUACAGCAUCAUAUCAUCAACAACAAGCAUAUUUGGACAUGUCGCCAGUCACCGCUAAUGGUAUUCAUCAUCCUCAAACGAAUGGUCAUAGUUCUCAACAUGAUCAAAUUCCAUUUAAUAUAGAUCAAUUAGCAGCUGAUUUCGAUUUAGCUGGCCAAGAUGAAUGCAAUUCAUCGGCUCGCAUGUUCGAACGAACACGUAUUCAAGUCCUUGCCGAUGAACGUGGUCAUGUACAAAAGAAAACUUUUACUAAAUGGGUCAAUUCACAUUUAACGCGUGUCGGUUGUCGUAUCAAUGAUUUGUAUACCGAUCUCGGCGAUGGACGAAUGUUAAUUCGUCUUCUGGAAAUUUUAAGUGGAGAACGUUUACCCAAAGCAACACGAGGCAAAAUGCGUAUUCACUGUUUAGAAAAUGUCGACAAAGCAAUUAUGUUUUUACAAGAACAACAUGUUCAUUUAGAAAAUAUUGGUGCCCAUGAUAUUGUCGAUGGCAAUUCUUCAUUAAUUCUCGGUCUUAUCUGGACAAUAAUCCUUCGCUUUCAAAUUCAAGACAUAACAAUUGAAGAAUAUGAAUCAACGGAAACGAAAUCUGCUAAAGAUGCUUUAUUACUUUGGUGUCAAAUGAAAACAGCUGAUUAUCCCAAUGUUAAUGUUCGUAAUUUUACUUCCUCAUGGAAAGAUGGCUUAGCAUUUUGUGCGUUGAUACAUAAACAUCGUCCGGAUUUGAUUCCGCAAUUCAAAACAUUAACAAAAGAGAAUCCAAAUCACAACCUACAAUUAGCAUUCGACAUCUGUGAAAAACGCUUAGGUAUUAGUAAAUUACUCGAUCCCGAAGAUGUCAAUGUUGAAUAUGUCGAUGAAAAGUCCGUUAUUACAUAUAUUGUAACAUUAUAUCAUUACUUUUCCAAGAUGAAAAACGAUAGCGUACAAGGUAGACGCUUGGCUAAAGUUGUCGGUUCGGCACUCGAUUCAGAAAAAAUGGCUAACGAUUAUGAACGAUUGGUAUCGGAUCUUUUAACAUGGAUUGAACAAACUAUUCGAGUAUUGAACGAUCGUCAAUUUCCUAAUUCACUCGGACGUGUGCAAGAGAAAUUAGUUGAAUUUAAUCGAUAUCGUGUUAUGGACAAACCAAGUCGCUUUGCUGAAAAAGGAAACUUAGAAGUUUUACUAUUUACAUUGCAAAGUAAAGAACGUGCCAAUCAACAGGUACCAUUUCAACCACGGGAAGGCAAAAUGAUCUCAGAUAUCAAUCGUGCAUGGGAGAAUUUGGAACGUGCUGAACACGAACGAGAGUUAGCAUUACGAGAAGAAAUUCUUCGACAAGAACGAUUGGAACAAUUAGCAACGAAAUUCAAUCGAAAAGCUGGCUUAAGAGAAAAAUGGUUAACCGAUAGUGAAAAGCUCGUUGCCAGUGAUCAAUUUGGUACAGAUUUAGCUUCGGUUGAGGCAGCUUUUAAGAAGCAAGAAGCUAUACAAACAGAUAUUGCAGCAUUCGAAGAACGCCUUCAGAAUAUCAUGGCGAUUGCCAAUGAACUCAAAACUGAAGAUUAUCAUGAUUAUGCAACAAUCGAAGCACGAAAAAAGAACGUGGAAAUGCAUUGGGAAUACUUGGUCGGUCUAGUUACUAAACGACGACAAUGUCUUGAACUUGCUUAUAAUUUACAACGAGUUUUUCAAGAAAUGCAAUAUAUCUUCGAAUGGAUCACCGAUUUAAAAUGGCGAUUGAAAUCUGAUGAUGUCGAAAAAUUCGUCAUGUCCGCCGAUGAUCUUCUUCAGCGACAUUCGUUAAUCGAAGCGGACAUCUAUGUCAUCGAUGAACGUUUAAAACGUGCUAUAACUGAUGCCGAUGAGUAUCUCAAUCCAGAUGUGAACAUCGAUGGUUAUCGUCCAGCAACACCGGAAGAGAUUGAAAUUCGUAUUCAUAAUUUACAAAAAGCUUACGACGAAUUGAUCGAAUUGGCACGAAAACGUCGUGAUGUUCUCGAACAAGCGAAAGUUCUUUCGAAAUUCUAUUCCGAUGUUGGCGAUGCAGAAUUAUGGAUUGAUGAAAAACAACAAACGAUGACAUCACCCGAUGUUGGUCACGAUGUCAAUUCAACAGACAGUUUAGCAGCGAAGCACAAACUAGUCGAAACGGAUAUGGCUGCCAGAUUUGGUCAAGUAGAAAACUUAACAAAUCAAGGCGAUAGUUUGAUCAAACAAGGUCACUUUGCGGGUCCGAAAAUCAACGAUCGAUUGAAUAUCUUGAAAUCCAAAUGGGACAAUCUACUUCAAAUCUCAUCAAAUCGUGCGAAUAAUCUCAACGAAACGCAUAAUUAUUAUCAAUUCUUCUCCGAUGCUGACGAUAUUGACACGUGGAUGCUUGAUAUGUUAAAACUUGUGUCAAGCGAAGAUAUUGGUCGGGAUGAAUUAUCUGCUCAAACACUAUUGAAAAAGCACAAAGAUACACAAGAUAUGCUGGAUAAUUACCGACAAAUGAUCGAUAAUUUGAAAACGAAUAAUCUUCAAACACUAACAGCAGAAAAACAAGCACUACCGGAUGUUCAACAGCGUCUUCAAUCGAUCGAACGUCGGUAUACAGAGUUACUAGAAUUAUCCAAAUUACGUAAACAAAAAUUACAUGACGCCAUUUCAUUAUUUCGUCUAUUGGCUGACGCUGAUAAUGUCGAAGCGUGGAUCGAAGAAAAAGAACGCUUUUUAGCCACAUUGGAUCCAACUCAAGUGAAUGACAUUGAAGAACUCGAAGUGAUUAAACAUCGUUUUGACGGUUUCGAACGUGAUAUGAAUUCGACCGCAUCAAAAGUUGCGAUUGUUGGUCACCAAGCACGAACAUUAGUACAAAAUGAUCAUCCCAACUCUCAAGAGAUUUUAGAUCGCAUCAAUCGAUUAAAUCAUAACUGGGCUCAAUUACGGCGAUUGGUUGAUAAAAAACGUGAAGAUUUAAGUUCAACAUUUGGUGUGCAAACCUUUCACAUUGAGUGCAAUGAGACCAUCUCAUGGAUUCAAGAUAAGAUCCGCAUUGUUCAAUCUACUGAAGAUUUAGGUCGUGAUCUUGGUGGUGUAAUGACAAUGCAGCGUCGUCUAAGUGGUUUGGAACGUGACAUGGCUGCUAUUCAAUCUAAACUUGAUCAACUGGAAUCUGAGGCAUCGAAAUUAGAAAAAGAUCAUCCGGACGAAGCACAAGACAUUCGUAACAAAGUCGGUCAAAUCAAUUCGGUUUGGUAUGAAUUAAAAGAAAUUUUACGUCGUCGAGAAGAAUCCAUGGGCGAAGCGGCCGAAUUACAGAAAUUUCUUCGUGAUCUUGAUCACUUUUCAGCAUGGUUAACACGUACACAAACUUCAGUCGCUAGUGAAGAUAUACCAAAUUCGUUGAACGAGGCCGAACAAUUAUUAAAUCAACAUCAAACCAUUAAGGAAGAAAUUGAUCGUUAUGGUCCCGAUUAUGGUCAAAUGAAAGACUAUGGCCAUCGGGUUAUUCGUGACGCUGACACAACCGAUCCUCAGUACAUAUUCUUACGCGAACGUUUGAAUGCACUCGAUGAUGGCUGGAACGAACUUGAUCAAAUGUGGCAUCAGAAGAAGAAUAUGUUAACCGAAGCUAUGCAAUAUCAAAUGUUUGCUCGCGAUGCGAAUCAAGCCGAGAUUCUACUCAAUCAUCAAGAAGCUUACUUGGCACGGGAACGUGAACAAAAACCGAAGUCGUUUGACGACGUCGAAGUUUUAAUUAAGAAACACGAAGAUUUUGUUACAACAAUGACAGCCAAUGAAGACAAAAUUCAAGGAGUUUGCUCAUUUGCUCAACGUCUAUGUCAAGAAAAUCAUUACUUAGGUGAUCGCAUUCUCUCUCGUGCGUCUGUUAUCAACGAUCGUUACGGUGCUAAUCGUCAAACUGCUCUUGAAAUGCACGACAAACUUCACGAAUCACUUAAAUACUUUCAAUUCAUUCAAGAUUGCGAUGAUUUGAAAGAAUGGCUGGAUAUGAAAUCUCUUCAAGCUCAAGACGAUACCUAUCGUGAUACCGCGAAUAUUCAUACGAAAUAUCUUCGUCACCAAGCUUUUCAAGCAGAAAUUCUCUCGAAUAAAGAACGUCUAGUCGCUCUCAAAGAACAUGCCGAUCAAUUGAAAGCCGAAAAUCGUCAACUAAUCGAUCCGAACAUGAUCGAUCAACGUAUUAAAGAAUUAGAUGAUUCAUGGGUUAAUUUAGAAGAUAUCACACGCGAGAAAGGCGAACGAUUGUUCGAUGCCAACCGUUCGAAGUUGUUUCAACAAUCGAUUACUAAUCUCGAUGAAUUUAUGUUGAAUAUUGAGAAACAUUUAUACGCUGGUGAAUCUACAGCAACAACUGAUCAACCCGACAGCCAAUUAGCGACGACAAUGGAACCAUUAGAAAACAAUUUAACUGCAACGAAUCUCUUAUUACUCAAACAGACAACCAUCGAAGAAGAAUUAUUGAAACGUCAACAACAAGUAGACGAGUUACGUGUUCAAGCCGAGAAAUUAAAACAAUUAGAACCGGAAAAAUCCGAAGAGAUCGAUUCGAAACGUUUGCAAGUCGAAGAGAAAUUUUCUAAACUUCUUCUUCCAUUAGAACAGAAGAAGCUUCGUUUAGAACAACAAAAACAUCUUCAUCAAUAUUUACGCGACAUCGAAGAUGAACAAAUCUGGCUAAGUGAAAAACGUCAUCUCUUGCAAUCCUAUGCUGACUUGAUCUUUAACAAUAAACAACAAACAUUGAUGAACAUUCAAUUGUUAAAACGCAAAAAUGAAUCACUACUAAAAGAAAUCGACAAUCACGAACAACGUCUUUUGGAACAUUUAAACAACGAAUGUACACGAAUCAGUCAAGAUUAUCCUGCACGUUCCGAUGAAUUUCGUCAACGUUUAGAUCAACUUUCCGACAACUAUAUUCAAUUAAAAGAAACUAUCAAACAACGACGUGAACACUUAGAAUUACUCGAAAAUCUCCAUCAAUACUAUUACGAUUUAAGUGAAGCUGAAGCAUGGCUUGGCGAACAAGAGUUAUAUAUGAUGAGCGAAGAACGUGGCAAAGACGAAUUAGCUACACAAACAUUCAUUCGUAAACAACAAACCAUGGAUCAAACCAUCGAAAACUACACCGAUAUCCUCGGCGAAUUGGAUGGCAAAGCGAAGAAAUUGAACGAAGAUCUAACUCAAUCAAGCCUAGCGCGAGACUUCGUUCACGAACAACAAGAUUUGAUAACGAAACGACAGAGUCAAUUGGAUAAAUUAUACGCUAGUUUGAAAGAUUUAUCUGUUGAACGACGACAACGUCUGGAAGAAACAUUGAAACUCUAUCGACUCAAUCGAGAAAUUGACGAUUUGGAGCAAUGGAUAUCUGAUCGAGAAUUGAUUGCCGGUUCACACGAACUCGGACAAGAUUUCGAACAUGUUUCCAUGUUGCUCGAUCGUUUCGCAGCAUUUGCUCAAGAAACCGAACAGAUCGGUAAUGAACGUUUACAACAUGCCAACGACAUGAUCGAUAUUUUAAUCGCCAACGGUCAUAUCGAUUCUGCUGAAAUCGCUGAAUUGAAAGAUUCUUUGAACGAAUCCUAUCAAGAUCUAUUAGAAAUGAUCGAAACACGUUUACAAUCAUUGAAAGCAUCAUGGGAGUUGCAUAAAUUCUUACACGACUGUAAAGAAAUCUUGGCAGCUAUGCAAGAGCGUAAAAAUUCCAUACCAGACGAAAUUGGCCGUGAUCAACAAAGUGUUCAACAAUUGUUACGCAAACAUCAACAAUUCGAAACGGAAUUAGUUCUACUAGCACAAGAUAUUCAACGUAUUCAACAGGAAGCGAAACGUCUCAAUGGAAGAUAUGCAGGUGAAAAAGAAGCCGAAAUUAAACAGAAAGAAAUUGAUGUCAUCACCCAAUGGAAGUUAUUACAACAAUUUGUCGAUCAACGCAAACGUCUCCUCAAUGAUUACGAAGAUUUACAUCGAUUCUUCGGUUUAGCACGAGACCUACAUCUAUGGAUGGAUGGAAUGAUUCGACAAAUGCAUAAUAGUGAUAAACCACACGAUGUCAGCGGUGUUGAUUUACUUAUGAAUAAUCAUCAAAGCUUAAAAGCAGAAAUUGACGCGCGACAAGAAAACUUCAUUAUGUGCAUUAAUUUAGGCAAAGAUUUAAUCAAUCGACGACAUGCACGUUCAUCUGAAGUGAAAGAAAAAUGUGUUCAACUGUCCAUGUUACGCGAUCGCGUGGAUGAUACAUGGAACGAACGUUGGGAAUAUCUACAACUCAUUCUCGAAGUCUAUCAAUUCGCACGAGAUGCAGCUAUCGCGGAAACAUGGCUGAUUGCUCAAGAAUCCUAUUUGAACAACGAAGAACUUGGUGAAACACUAGAUCAAGUCGAAAAUCUCAUUAAACGCCACGAACAAUUCGAAAAAUCAUUAAUGGCACAAGAAGAUCGGUUCAAUGCUUUACGAAAUCUAACAACAUUAGAAAAGAAACGACAACAGCCACCGAGUGAACCUCGACCAAGUCGUUUAGCAUUCUAUACUGAAGAAUUCAAAACAUGGGAAGAACGCGAUGCAGCACGCUUAGCAGGCAAUAAAACGAAAUCGACUAUUGCGGAAGAACGAACGGUCACGGAUGGCACUCGUCUAUCAGGUAAACAACGUCCUAGUCAGGAAAUCGAUACACUCAAUGGUAAACAACGACGAUCGGAAUCCGCAACACGUGUACCAACCAUCAAAGAAGGCUUCUUAUCACGCAAACAUGAAUGGGAAGGACAUGGACGCAAAGCAACACAUCGCGCAUGGGAAAAAUAUUACUGUGCAUUGACAAGUGAUCGAUUAUCGUUUUACAAGGAUGCUAAACAUCUACGAUCAGGUCGUCAAGUAAGCGAUGAUCUGCUCUUUGAUUCAUCAGCAAAUGUCGCACCGGCGACUGACUACCGUAAAAAGAAUCAUGUAUUUCGUAUUAAAUUACAAGGUGGAAACGAAUAUCUUUUUCACGCUAAAGAUGAUGUCGAAAUGAAUGAAUGGAUCACUGCAACUAAUAGUUCAAUUACUUCAACAACAAGCAGUGAAACUGCAUCACCUGGAACACAAGUUCCGUCAAUUGCUUUAACUUCACUUCCCACAACUAGUUCACUACGACAAACACCAGGAUCGGGUGUCGAAAUAUCUCAAUCGUCUUCGGAACAUGAAACAAAAGCACGAACAUUACCACAACGUUCAAGUUCAUCAGUUGAACCUCGUACAUCAUCCAUAACAGACAAGAAGAAAUCCAGUGGAUUUUUCUCUAAGAAAAAAAAAUGA